GCACCUUGGAGGCGUUGCGGUCCGGCCUAGAUCGGUCCUGAUCAUAUGAUGCAGGGUAUUUUUGCGUCGGCAGGAAAGGGUCCCUCUCUUCACACCCCCCAUCUGUUGCUCAUUCUUUACUCGUGCAGCUGUCUUUCAAGUGAAUUCUCCCACCUUGGUAUCGACGUAGGAGCGUAAUGGGCAGUGUCACAAACAUGUCUACGAAAAGCCUUCCUGAGUUCAGCCUGAGCGGCAAAGUCAUUCUAGUGUCAGGAGCUGCGCGUGGUCUUGGUCUCACUCAGGCAGAGGCACUGCUCGAAGCCGGCGCUACUGUGUAUGCUCUUGACCGGCUUCCUGAGCCUUCGCCAGAUUUCGAGCCAAUUGCAGCACGCGCAGAGAAGGAGUUCGGGACACAGUUGCACUAUCGGCAGAUUGAUGUCCGUGAGGUCGAGCAGCUCAACAAGAUUGUCGAAGACAUCGCCAGCAAACACGGAAGGCUGGAUGGACUCAUAGCCGCUGCCGGAAUCCAACAAGAGACAUCGGCGCUCGAGUACACUGCUGCAGAUGCCAAUCGCAUGUUCGAGGUGAACAUUACUGGCGUGUUCAUGACCAGCCAGGCGGUCGCAAAGCAGAUGAUCAAGUACGGCAACGGCGGAAGCAUUGUUAUGAUCGCCAGCAUGUCUGGCAGUGUAGCCAACAAGGGUCUGAUUUGUCCUGCGUACAACGCGUCGAAAGCUGGCGUAAUCCAGCUCGCUCGGAAUCUGGCAAUGGAGUGGGGCCAGUACAACAUCCGCGUAAACACAAUCUCGCCCGGAUACAUUGUAACAGCCAUGGUCGAGGCGUUGUUCGUGAAGUACCCCGAGCGAAAGGAAAGCUGGCCGAAGGACAACAUGCUGGGUCGUCUCUCCAAGCCUAAGGAAUACAGAGGCGCUGCAGUAUUCUUGCUGAGUGAUGCUAGUAGUUUUAUGACCGGGUCUGAUCUGAAGAUGGAUGGAGGUCAUUCCGCGUGGUAAUACUGGUUCUGCAUCGCAAGCAUUACUUUUCGUGAUUUGCAGCGAGGCGUUGGGAUCACGCUGUAUGUUAAGGCAAAGUUGAAUAGAUCAAUAUGUUUAGAGAGUCA